GACAGAUAUCUGUAAAUUGGUUCCAGAAAAAAAAACAUGUGAUUUUUGUCCAAUAAUAAUGAUGCAUAGUUCUAUUUCACAAUUAUUGGUAGUAUAAAUUUUUGUGAUGAGUAUUCAGAUGGAAAAAACUAAAAUUCAUUGAAAAAUGAUUUAUACAUGUAGUUGGAAUUCUAGUUACUCUGCUGCAGCUUAUUGCUUCGAUUCUUGCAGUCACAAGAAGCUCACCAUUUUCUCCUCUUCUUCUCCUUCUAGUAAUAGUAGUAAUUAUUCUUUAGAUAGUUCAACAUCAAGAAAUAUUUUGAGAUCAGUUGUUGAAAAACGGACUCAUGUUUCGAUCGUGGUUGGUUGUGUCUCUGUGAAGAAGAAACAUUUUUGGAAUAAAUUGCGAUUUGGAUCCAAGAAAUUCAGGAGCAUUAUCUUGCUUCAUCUCAUCUGCUUCGUCUAUGCGAGUAACAUUGCUGUGAUCAAAGAGGUUGAAGGCUUCAUCGAUCCGGCUUACUUCUCGGCUGUCCGGUUCGUGGUUUCGACGGUUCCGUUCCUGCCUUUUGUGUUCAAGGCAAGGAAGGAUGCCGAGGUGCGAAGCUACGGUUUGGAGUUGGGCUUGUGGGUUAGCCUUGGCUACCUAAGCGAGGCGCUUGGUCUUGUCACGUCUGAUGCUGGCCGCGCUUCGUUUAUCUCCUUGUUUACAGUUAUUGUUAUUCCACUUCUUGAAAGCAUGUUAGGAGAGAUGGUGCCUGCAAGAACAUGGUUUGGGAUUCUGAUGUCUGUGGUUGGAAUCUCUAUGCUGGAAUGCAGUGGAUCUCCUCCUAAUAUUGGAGAUCUGUUCAACUUUGUAAGCGCCAUAUUCUUUGGCAUUCAUACGCUCCGAACAGAGCAGAUAUCGAGGACAACAAGAAAGGAGAACAUCUUCGCGCUUCUUGGAUACGAGGUGGGCGUGGUAGCUAUUAUGUCGACGCUUUGGUGUUUGACUGGAUCAUCGGAUGAUGGCUUAUCUUUGUCAUGGGAUUGGAUGUUUGAGUUUCCAUGGAUUCCAGCUCUGUAUACCGGCGUCUUCUCCACCGGCUUGUGCUUGUGGGGAGAGAUUGCAGCAUUGCGCGACGUCUCAGCAACAGAAACGGCAGUGAUUUAUGGGCUGGAGCCGCUGUGGGGGGCCGGUUUCGCCUGGUUUCUUCUAGGUGAAAGGUGGGGCGUUGCUGGUUGGAUCGGCGCUGCUCUCAUUUUGGGCGGGAGUCUAACCGUGCAGAUAUUGGGGAGCGAUGGCCAUGUUAGCAAGGAGAAGAAUAAGAUGAAGGAGACAAUGUCAGCUUCACCGGUGAUGGUCAGAUCUUCGUCGCCGGAUAAUGCCAUUCAUGCAUAUAAGAAGAAAUGAGCAUCAAGUGCUAUGCAAGAUUGUAGCUUCGGUACAUAAUUCUUAAGUUGAUAUUUGUAUAUAUGUAGAAAUAUCAUAAGUUGUUUGUUCA